AUGGAGCAGUCGGCGUCGCGAUCAGCUGAUCACACGCUACAGGAACUUGGAUUUGGACCUGAGGAGGAUGAAGAGAUCAGUGGUCAGUUCGCUCAUCCGACACCAGCACAUUCGAUGGCUGCUAGCGCAUCAGCUGGCUAUGAAAUACCAGCAAGACUGAGAACUCUACAUAAUCUUGUGAUUUUUUCUUGCAUUCAUUUAUCGUUUUUUAAUUGUUCUUGUUUUGGACGUUAUGAAGUUGCGGUGCCACUGUGCAAACAAGCGCUUGAAGAUCUGGAGAAGACGAGUGGACACGAUCAUCCUGAUGUGGCUACAAUGCUCAACAUUCUUGCACUUGUUUAUAGAGAUCAGAAUAAAUUCAAAGAGGCCGCAAAUCUUCUGAACGAAGCGUUGCAUAUACGUGAGAAGUGCUUGGGCGAAAGUCACCCAGCAGUUGCGGCCACGUUGAAUAACCUAGCUGUUCUGUACGGUAAACGUGGUAAAUACAAAGAAGCUGAACCGUUAUGUACGAGAGCUCUGGAAAUCAGAGAGAAGGUUCGAAUUCACUUCUGA